CGUAUUUACCCUGCCUCCUCGCAUCCCCUCCGCCCUUCCUCCCUCAUUUACGCCGCCUCCUCGCAUCUCCUCCGACCUUCCUCGCAUCUGUCGUCUCCACUGUCCAGCCACGCCCUCGCUCACUCUGCAUCCGAGCUGCACUGCCUAGGGGCAUGGCUAGGGCCAAAAGAGCGAUGCACGCGCGCCGCCAGCUGCGCGAUGCUGCCGGCAAGUUUGCCACCGGGAUGGAGCCGGGAGGCGGCGGCCAGGGGUCCUCUAUGGACGGGAUGCAGCCAGGAGGAGGCGGCGGCCACGGAUACUCCGCGCAUGGAGAUGGAAGCAAGAGGUCCUCCUCGCCGCCGGGAGGCUACCGCUCCGGCCAGGGUCCGUCGGCGCCGCGGUGCCCGAAGUGUUUGAAGAUGGAGAAGAGGUUUCUGAAAUUGGAGAAGCAGAUUAAGAAGCUGAAGCUGAGACAGUUUUAUUUGGGCAAGAAAGUGUGGGUGCAUGGCAGCAAGCUCUAUGACUUAUAGAUGGAGCCUGUCGACAAGCCAGAGGCCAAGAAGGUGCUGGUGGUGAUUGAUGAUUAAGAUGCUUGAUGCUGCCUAAUGAAGAUGGAACUGCAGUGUGCAUGGUGGGAUGUGUCUUUUGGUUCUGUCUUUUGGAAAGUCUUAGAUGGAACUGCAGUGCAUGCUAGGAUGUGUCUUUUGGUCUGUCUUUUGGAAUUUCUUAGAUGGAACUGCAGUGCAUGAUUAGAUGGUUAUCUAUGUAAAUAUAUGGUAUUUGGACCUGAAUGGUUAUGUAUGUAAUAUAUGGUUGCCUUGAAUAAUGGCCAAGUUGUUUUAGUGAAUUGUUGUCUCCCUGUUUUCA